CAUCUCACUAAAGAAAUCUCAAUGGAUCCAUCAAAAUUUCCUUUUGAUAUCGAAGCUUACAAAAGGCAGUCUGAAAUUGAAGAUAGGUAUAUCCUCAACUAUUUUAGUGAGCGCCGAAAGAAAAUAGAGGAAGACUUUCCACCUCGCAUGAAGAGAAGAUACUUCAAGAGAGAUCAUGUAGCGGCAAAUCAAAGACUGGUUGACGACUACUUUGCCAAUGCACCUACAUACGACGAUACAAUGUUUCGUCGGCGAUUCCGAAUGCGAAAACAUGUUUUUCUUCGCAUCGUUGGGGACCUAUCAAAUAGUGACGACUACUUCACCCAACGAUUUGACGCAGCCAAUAAAGAAGGUAUAUCUCCAUUAGCAAAAUGUACCACAACCAUGCGAAUGAUAGCAUAUGGUGUGGCGGCCGAUGCGGUGGAUGAGUACAUCAAAAUUGGAGGUACUACAACUCUGGAGUGCUUGCGUAGAUUAUGUAAGGGAAUUAUACAAUUGUACGAGCAAGAGUAUCUCAGAGCCCCAACUCAAGAGGACCUCCAGAAAAUUUUGCAUGUUAGUGAAAUGCAAGGAUUCCCAAAGAUGAUUGGGAGUAUUGAUUGCAUGUACUGGGAAUGGAAAAAUUGUCUUACAGCAUGAGAAGAACAAUUUACUCGGGGGUGAUAAGGAAACAACCAUUGUUAUUCUUGAAGCAGUCGCAUCACAUGACCUAUGGAUGUGACAUGGUUUUUUUAGAUGUCAAGGACAUUGAACGAAACCCACAUGCGACUAAGAUAAGUUAAAAAACUUUAAAAAAUUGUAAGGGCUAAGAAAUUUUUGUCUCCCCAUCAGUCCAUGGUUUCACUUAAGUUUAUUUUUCUCACUAUCUCUGUUUACUCUUUCAUUACCAAUUCACGAGAAAUCAGGUUUCUCCC